AAAGUGGGUGGUUCCUUGAGUGAUAUAUAAGCCUGCGCGGAUUUUUUUGACCCGCAUUCGAACUAGUUCAACGAAGCUAGCCUAGCUUUGAAUAUUAAAAUGAAAUUUGCGGCAGUAGUAUUCGUGUGCGUCCUGGCCGUUGCCAGCGCCCAGUUCAACACUGGACGGUACAACCCAGGAUUCUACAACCCCGGACAAUACAACAAGUACAACCGCGACGUUUACGAUCCUUUCGGUUUCUACAAGAGGAACCAAUAUCAACAAUACAAAUACAGCACUCCCUCUCCUUACCGGCCAUUCAGCACUGUUGCCCCCACCACCGUCGCUCCUGAGGUGGUCCCGGUUGUUCCUGUCUCCCCUGUCCCUGUCGCUCCCGUGCCCGUCAUCAAGGCCGUCUCUGACGCUCGCUCUGCUUCCAUCUUGAAAUACGGAAACGAAGUCAACCCUGACGGCAGCUACAGCUACUACUACGAGACUGACAACGGAAUCGCCGCCCAAGAACAGGGUUCUCCUCGUUCCUUCGGUGGUAACCCCCCAGUGUCCCCCGACGUCGCCCAGGGAUCUUUCUCCUGGACUUCCCCUGAGGGCAUCCCCAUUGCCAUCAGCUACGUCGCCGACGAGAACGGUUACCAGCCCUCUGGAAACGCUCUCCCCUCUCCCCCUCCCCUGCCCCCCCAGAUCGCCCGCGCCCUUGAGUACACCGCCAAAUACCACGUCGCCAAGGCUUAAACAGUUAACAAUCUGAUUUGCAAGAAAACUAAAUUAAUAGGUAUACCACCAACAUUUAAAUUAAUGAGACUAGUAUUGUUUGUAAAAUGGAUACAAUAUAAAAUGUGAUAUGUCAUACAGUGCCCAUAUUUUUAUGAAGAAUGUUUAUGUGCAAUUGUAAAUAAAAUACCGUUUUAGAAUACAA